ACUCGUAUCUACCCAACGCCACGGAAUACCUUUCCUUUUAUUUCCCUCCUUUUUUUUUUCCUCCUUAUCCAAAGAGUCUACAUGUUUUCUUUCCCAUGUCCCUCCCUACACCGGAUGAAAAACAAAAUAUCCAACAAACUCAGUAACUCCUCGCAGUUAAAAUCCACCACUUCUGUCUUCUUCUCUCUGCAAUUGCAAUAUAUAUAUUUUCUUCUUUUUCUUCUUCUUGCCGUUCGGUUCACUUGUACUACCACAUCAAAAAUCAAUCUUCUUGCAAAUUUUUGAUUUUUUUUUUUUUUUUUUGGCUCUAAUACACUUGUCUUUACUUGAUCAAAGAAUUUUCCAGUUAUUUGAUGGCACAGGAUACUCUUUCCAAUGCUGAUUCACCUCGAAGAAGGUCUGGACUAUUAAGAGAUCAAGUUCAAUUGGUAAAAAGAAGCAACUCUGCUCGAUAUGAGAUAGUCCCAAUUCAAGAUCAGUUAUCAGUUGAGAAGGGUUUCUUUGCAGUAAUCCGUGCAUGCCAGUUGUUGGUUCAGAAGAAUGAAGGAAUCGUACUGGUGGGAGUUGCUGGUCCUUCAGGGGCCGGAAAGACCGUGUUCACCGAAAAGAUCCGGAAUGUUAUGCCUAGUAUUGCUAUCAUAAACAUGGACAACUACAAUGAGCCCAGUCGUAUCGUUGAUGGAAACUUCGACGGUGAUCCACGCUUGACCGACUAUGAGACUCUGCUCGAGAAUAUACAUGGGCUGAAAGCAGGGAAGCCUGUUCAAGUUCCUAUAUACGAUUUUAAAUCAAGCUCUCGCGUGGGUUAUAGGACACUUGAAGUUCCAAGCUCACGAAUUGUUAUAAUUGAAGGGAUAUAUGCUUUGAGUGAAAAAUUGAGGCCAUUGUUAGAUCUCCGUGUGUGUGUCACUGGUGGAGUGCACUUUGACUUAGUGAAACGGGUUCUUAGGGAUAUUCAACGUGCUGGACAAGAGCCCGAGGAGAUAAUCCAGCAAAUCUCAGAAACGGUGUAUCCUAUGUACAAAGCCUUUAUUGAACCUGAUCUACAGACAGCUCAUAUCAAAAUUAUUAACAAGUUUAACCCGUUCACUGGAUUUCAGAAUCCCACAUAUGUUUUAAAGUCAACUAAAACUGUGACUGUAGACCAGAUCAAGGCUGUGUUUUCAAAUGAAUACAAGGAAACUACAGAGGAAACUUAUGAUAUUUAUCUCCUACCUCCUGGUGAAGAUCCUGAAGCCUGCCAAUCAUAUCUGAGGAUGAGGAACAAGGACGGAAGAUACACUCUUAUGUUUGAGGAAUGGGUUACAGAUAGUCCCUUUAUUAUAUCACCAAGAAUCACCUUUGAAGUCAGUGUACGACUUCUUGGUGGUUUGAUGGCAUUAGGAUAUUCAAUUGCAACUAUUUUGAAAAGGAGCAGCCACAUUUUCUCUGAUGACAAGGUUUGUGUGAAAACAGAUUGGUUGGAGCAACUUAAUCGUCGGUAUGUUCAGGUGCAAGGAAGAGAUCGUUCACAUGUUAAAUCUGUUGCUGACUCUCUGGGUUUGGAUGGUUCGUAUAUUCCUCGCACUUACAUUGAGCAAAUUCAGCUGGAGAAGCUUUUAAACGAUGUUAUGGCAUUGCCAGAUGAUCUGAAGACAAAGCUGAGCAUAGACGACGAUUUGGUCUCAAGCCCUAGAGAAGCUCUAUCCCGAGCCUCGGCAGAUAGGAGAACAAAGUUUCUUAAUCGUGGUAUCCCACAUUCAUACUCAACACAACGAGAAAAACACCUGUCCAAGCUGACAAAACUUGCGGUUAAUAGUAGAAGAUAUGAUGGGAGAACCCCUGAUUCUCCAGCGCCAGUGGCUAAUCAGAAUUGCCUUUUCCAGGGAGUCGUUUCUCAACUUACAGAACAAAUUUCCACGCUGAGUGAGCGAAUGGAUGAGUUUACAUCUCGGAUAGAAGAGCUAAACUCAAAAAUAUCUGCCAAUAAAGUUUCCGCUAGCCAACAAAAUUUGGCAGUGCAUGCUGAGCCUUGCAAUGGGUCUGCACCAACUUCUGUUUUUGUGGCUGGGUUAGGCAAUGGCUCGUUGGCUGGUUCUCUUUUACCUCAUUCAUCAUCGUCUUCUCAACUGGCAAGAGAGUCUACUCUAAUGGAAGAGGUACUUCUCAUUGGGAGAUCACAGCGUCAGAUCAUGCACCAGAUAGACAAUCUGAGCAAUAUCCUCCGUGAGCUCCACGGAGAGAGGCCUCGCCUAGGGAGAACAGAUAGGACUGAAGGAAUGGCUGAAGUUGUUGAGUCAAUUGGUGUUCCUCUACUUCUUACUCUUGCUAUUGGCGGUGUCGGUAUCUUGUUGUUCAGGACCUUGUCUCAAAAAUAAUUGAUUCAGCUGAUGCUACUUUUAACACUGAGCUAGAAGACGACGUACAUAUAUUAAGAGACUUUUAAGUUCAAAUGUAUAUGCUUUGAGCCUUGUUAUCUUUGAAGAGCCAAUAAAUACACGAAGAGCCUGAAAUAAUUGUCUCUUGCGUUGAGAGAAUAUUUCUUGUUGGUUAAUUAGUGAAAAGUAUAGUGGAACGGGUGUUCUUUUUAGGUUGCUUGUCCAAUCCUUGUACUCGAGAAUAGUUCAUGCAUUUAUAGUUUAAGGAGAAAAAUGCUUAUCCAACAGACUAAUGUCAGGGUUUAAAUACAACAAUAAUAGUAAUCAAUCAUUUUUUUUUGGUGA